GCUCAAGCUGAAUCACUUCGUUACAAGCUAUUGGGUGGUCUUCCUGUUCGUAGGGCUGCUUAUGGUGUAUUAAGGUUUGUUAUGGAGAAUGGUGCUAAGGGUGUUGAGGUUACUGUAUCUGGUAAACUACGUGCCCAACGUGCUAAGGUUAUGAAGUUUGCUGAUGGUUAUCUCCUAUCUACUGGUACUCCUAAGGAGAUGUAUGUUGAUCAAGCUAUUCGUAAUGUCGAUAUGCGUCAGGGUAUUCUUGGUAUCAGAGUUAAGAUUAUGAUGGCUUAUGAUCCUGAGGGUAAGAGUGGUCCCAAGACUCGUCUACCUGAUGAUAUCACCAUUCAUGAGCCUAAGGAGGAUACCGUCUUCCCUAUCGAGGCUACUACCACCGAGGAGGAAGUGCCAGCAGCAGCAGCAGCUCCUGAGGCCGUUGUGGCUGAGGAGCAGCAACAGCCUGCUGCUGCUGUGGGGAUCACCGCUUAA